GAUUGGAUCGAGGCAGGCAGAGGGCGGGCCCUGAGAGAAGGGUGGUCCUGAAGGGGCCGGGCGAGAGAAGGGUCAGAUGGGGACAGAAUUUAGGCUUGUAGAGGGGGUGGAGGACCCUGGGGCCCUUGGAGGGGCGAGGCUGGCACAAGCCGGGAGCACAAGAGAGCUGGGAGCAACCAACAGGUCUCUCCUCCGUCCGGCCCCGCCCCUCGCCGCCGUCAUGGCCCCGCCGGAAGUGGGAGCGCGGAGGCGAAAGGGGCCUUCCGGUGAGGCCUGACGCAUUUCCGGCAAAGAUGGCGGCGCCCAGUACGGGCAGGUGCGGGCGGCGGCGUGGGUCGUGAGGCCUGCGGAGAUUUCCCAAAACACGGAUCAGCUAUCUCCAGGACAUCUCCCCAGCCACGCCCCCACCCCAUCACCCCCGAUGGCAGACCCAGGCUCUGGAGGGAACCGCCUCCCCCUGGCCCUGCCUCCGGCCCCUGAGGAGGCUAGCACGUCCGCUUCCAUGGGGAACCCCUCGCACCCCCACAGCCUCCAAGGCCUCUUGCACAUGGCAGUGACAGCUUCCCCCGGUGACCCUGAGCCCCCGCCCGAGCCCAUGACAGAGGAGCGGCGUCAGUGGCUGCAGGAGGCCAUGUCGGCCGCAUUCCGUGGCCCACGGGAGGAGGUCGAGCAAAUGAAGAGUUGUCUCCAUGUUCUGGGCUUACCCACCCCCCCCACAGCUGGUGAGGCGGAGCUGGUGGCUGACCAGCAGGAGCGGGAGGGGGCUCUGGAGCUCUUGGCUGACCUGUGUGAAAACAUGGACAAUGCUGCAGACUUCUGCCAGCUGUCCGGGAUGCACUUACUGGUGGGCCGUUACCUGGAAGCGGGGGCAGAGGGCUUGCGGUGGCGGGCGGCCCACCUUAUUGGCACGUGCAGCCAGAAUGUGGCAGCCAUCCAGGAGCAAGUGCUGGGUCUGGGGGCCCUACGGAAGCUCCUGCGACUGCUGGACCGGGACCCCUGCGACGCAGUGCGAGUCAAGGCCCUCUAUGCCAUAUCUUGCCUGGUCCGGGAGCAGGAGGCCGGCCUGCUCCAGUUCCUUCGUCUGGAUGGCUUUUCUGUGCUGAUGCGGGCCAUGCAGAGGGAUGUCGUGAAGCUGAAGGUGAAGUCGGCCUUCCUCCUGCAGAACCUGCUGGUGGGCCAUCCUGAGCACAAAGGCACCCUGUGCUCUAUGGGAAUGGUCCAGCAGCUGGUGGCUCUGAUCCGAACAGAGCACAGCCCCUUCCAUGAGCAUGUUCUGGGGGCGCUUUGUGGGCUGGUGACAGACUUUCCCCAAGGGAUCCGGGAAUGCCGGGAGCCUGAAUUGGGGCUAGAGGAACUUCUGAGACAUCGAUGUCAGCUGCUACAGCAGCAUGAGGAGUACCAGGAGGAGCUGGAAUUCUGCGAAAAGCUGCUGCAGACGUGCUUCUCCUCCCCCACGGACGACAGCAUGGACCGGUGAAUGCUGGGGAGGGACCGAGGGGGCGCGGGCCCCCGGCGCUGGAGCCACGCCUCGGCUGGCGACCCUUCCCCCGCAGCCUGCCCGCCGAGCCCGCGGCUGGGGAGGAGGCCGCCUGGGCGCCGGGCCGGGGCGGUGGGAAGGCCCCCCGCUCGCCCUCACCUCUCCCCGCGGGCCCCUCUGCCCCACCUCCCGUGCGUGCCCACCCUCUUCCUGGCUGCCCUGGCAAUAAAGGUGUU